GUACCAGCCCACAUAAAACAAUUUUCCUUCGUUUCAGGUUAUUCUCCUCGUAUUUGUUUUGUACGCGUCUGGACAAGAACGCGCAGCCCGAUGCAAACCUUUAGUUUGAAAACUUCUCUUACUGCCCUCCACUCGCUCAAGGCGCGUGUCUCUCUCUCAGAUUGACUGUUGAGGAAAAAAAAAAGCCCGAAAAAAAAAAAAAAAACUAUUCUGCUUAUUACUCUGCUGCUCUAUUUUUGUUUCAUGCCACCAGUUGCUGCCCCCUUCUCCGUCUCCUUUCUUUGAUUUUUAGUAUUAUUAUUAUUAUUAUUAUGUAUUGGUGAGAUAGCAAUGAUUAUAUAUCUAUAUAUGGCUUGCAUUGCAGGUUUGCAGCAACAUCAUUUUAAUUUAAUUCUGGUUGAUCACAUCUCUCCAUUCUAGAUGCAUCUGAGUGUUUAGGAUUUGAUAAAGGAUAUUAUUGGGUGUUUUUCUAGAGAGAAAGAUGAAUUGUUCCUGAAUUGCAGAGUGUUGGGUAAUAUCCUAUUCUUAUGGAUCUAUUUGUGUCUGUAAAAUAUUGAAAUCCUCUUACUCUUAGUAAAAAUAAUAAGGAAAUGAUGGAUGUUUGAUAACUUGCUCCUUGUCAGAGAGAGGGAUUGGAAUGCCAAAAAUAACUUAAGCGGCUUUCACGCCUUCCUUGCAUUUCAUUGGUAGGUUUUAAUCGCCCUCCCCAUUUUUAGGGUUUCUGUUCAGACAUGAUGACAUGGUUGUAGAGCGAGAGAGCAGUAAUGGAAACAGUUUCCUCGUUGUAGAAGAUUAUUAUUGUUGCUGUGCUUUUGUUUUGGAUUGUACAAGAUCAUUGUUGCUGUUUUUUUUGUUGUGGAGAUCAUGGAAAUGUUUUAGAGAGAGAGAGGAUGGAAGGUGUGGGAGAAUUUAUUUGGGGUGUUGGUGAGGAAGGGUUUAGAGAGAGAGGAUGAAGCCAUUUGCUCUUUUAGGAACUCAAUUUUUCUGGGUUUUUUCAUGAGAGAUCAUAGGUAAGCUUCAGUGAGAGAAUGGAAGUCAUUUGAUGCUCCUUGUGGAAGAAAAAUUGAUCUAUUUGGUUUAGGUUCAUAUUUUAGAGGAGGACAAUAAGCAGCCAUUUUUUUGAUUGGUUUAAGGUUGAGAGCUCAUAUGGGAAGAAGAUCUUCGAGAGAAAAUCUUACCCAUUCUGAAUUUCUGAUUUAGUAAUAGGAGGGAGCUUGAGAUCCCACAUUCCUCUACAAUGGCAUCUUCAGAAAAAACAGGAGGCUCCUCCUCCACCUGUGUAUCCUCAUCACAGGCCCACGCGGCUCUGAGGCAGGGUCUGAAAGAACUGGUAAGAGGGCACCUCCACGAAACCUGCAUAACCACCACGACCUUCAGCAACUCUGAAAAUCUUGAAAUUCCCUUGGAUGGAUCCCAUUCCAGAAAAAGGAACCGCCACCACCGUCUCAAGGCAGCAUGGGACUCAAACGAGGGCUGGGUUAGUGAGUCGGAGGAUGACUCAUCCACAAACAGUCCCCACAACCUCAAUUACAAUCAGAAUCACAAUCGCAAUCGCAAUGAGAAUCAGGAGGAGAAAUAUGUGCCAUCUUCGUCGCCUGUGAGCCGUCGUCAGUCUCGUUUGCUAGACAGAUGGGCCGCACGUCAGGCACGGGAGAUGAUCACAACGAUCGAGCGGCAAGCCCUAGAAUCUGAGCUCACUGCUCUCUCCGGUACCAACAGCGUCUCCUCAAGGGCAUCCUCCUUCCUGAGGGAGUCUUCCCCUGCUCAAUCGGAGUGCUCCUCUGUGGUUGAGCCCCCAAAUUUACGAGCGUCUUCUCUCGUGCAAAUGUGGAGGGAGCUUGAGGCCGAGGCCAGGGCCAACCAGAGCCCACGGACCCACAGGAGGAGUGAGCCUUCUAAUCCUUCUUCUCCUCGGUAUGGAUAUGGCCACUUUUGGCCCCAACAAGGACGGGGUGUUGAGAAUCAGGCAUUAAGCUCUGAUGACGCAUUUGGAGAAUGGGAAUCUGAUGUUGGGGCAUCGAGCAAUGAGCCCGACACUUCAUCAAUGUUCAUUUUGGAGGAGUCAGGGGAGAGUGAGAAAGGGGGAAGGAGGAGGGUGGCAGAUAUAAUUCAGAGGCUCUCGAGCUUCAAUGAUCGAGAACAGUGUUCAAGGGAGGUUUCUGUAGAGUGGAGCAUGUGCUUGACAGAUCAUCAAGAGGGUGUGAAUGUUGGAUUUCACCAACCAGAAGGUGGGGUUCAGAUGCGAUGGGGAGAGCGGGGAGGUGAGGGUGAAUUGAGGGGUGGGGAGAAUGUGGUGGGGCAGUUGGGGUUUGGGCGGAGCAACCCUCCUCGGAUUCGUGGGAGGCAGGCUACUGUGGAUCUGCUCAUGAGAUUGGUAAGGGAGAGACAGAGAGAGCUCACUGGGCUGUUGGAAAGACGCCCAGUCUCUGGAUUUUCUCAUCGCAAUCGCAUUCAAACGACACUUAAAGGGAGAUUUCUUCACCAUAGAUUGGCAGCUCACGAUCAGAGGCCACCUCAGCCACCGGCAGCAGUUGAAAUUGAAUACUUACAACUUGGGACGAGCAUAUCUCGCUUAAGGGAGAGAUUUGCUCCUGGAGCACCAACUACUGAACGCACGGACCAUGUUGCAGACCAAUCAAGCAGAAGUAAGAGAGAGCCACCAGAUAACAGUAGCAGCAGCAGUAACAACAGCAAUAACGACAGCAGCAGCAGCAGCAGCAGCAGCAACAUCAGCAUCAACAACAAUGGCAACAGCAGUAGCAGCAACAACAAGAACGACAACAAUAACAACAAUGACAACAGGAGCAGCAGCGCCUUUGGCAAUAACAACAACAAUGAAAACAACAACAAUGAGAUUACUACUCUGGGAUCAAUCCAUUCUUUGACUUGCCUGGCAUCAAGCUCAAACCACCUCCUGGAUCCAGAGGUCGCUACAGGAGAGGCUGCUGAUGGUAUAGCUGCACAGCAACUGCUGCUAACACCAGUGCAGUCCCAAAAUGAAGACCUCCAGACUUCGGAUUCUUUAUUGCGGGAAAGAAGCUUACAAAUUAGCGACUCGGAGUGGCAAGGAAACGAGUAUGCUGAGACCUUACUGGAAUGGCAAGAGGGGGAUGUCUCAGAAGAACCUCAUGCUGAUGAUUUGCAGGAUCAACAAAUUGAAGAUGUUGAUCAACAUCCAUGGGAGAUGGCUGAGUCCUCUUUCUCACACCAAAUUUGGGAAGUUCACUCUCAAAAUCUGCAUUAUGAUUGGCCAGAAAACCACUUGCAUAAUGUGGAAUUGCGCGAACUUCAAGAAAGGAGAAGUGUAUCGAAUGCUCUUGCUAGUGAUUUCCGAGUGACUAUGGACCAGUUAAUUUUGUCUCACCUGGAAAGGCAAGAGGACGAACCCAACAAUGAAAGCAUCGAGGACCAGGAACACAUUCAGCAUCAAAGUGAUAGCGACUUCGAUCAAAUUGCCUCUACAUCCUUCUCAUUGCCGCUGCCAACUCGGCUCCUCCGGCAGCUAGAAGGCCCAUCACAUUCUGCAUUUACAUGUAGUAACCAUUCAAUUGAAUUGGAUCUCAUUUACGAUUUGAGAGCCGAGAUGGCACACCUCCAACAUGGGAUGCAUGAGUUGCAGAAGAUGAUAGAGAGUUGCAUAGAGAUGCAAGUAGAGUUGCAACGUUCCGUUAGGCAGGAACUAUCUGCUGCUCUCAACCAUUCAAGCAAGGAAAAUGCAGAGAUUGUGGAAUAUAUAUCGCACAUAGAGUUAAAGCUGUGUGGGCGAAGUGGAGAUGUGCAACCAAAAUUUUAUGUGAUCGUGCCGCAUAUAAAUGAAGUUGAAGGGCAAGUUCUAUAG